GUGUUGUCUUGGGGGCGCAAUGGGGUGAUGAGGGCAAAGGCAAGCUUGUGGACAUCUUGGCGCAGGAUGUUCAGUUGUGUGCACGUUUCAAUGGUGGUGCAAACGCUGGUCACACCUUGAUAGUUGAUGGCAAGAAGUAUGCUUUCCAUCUACUGCCGUGUGGCAUGAUUAACAAGGCAUGCAAGAACCUGAUUGGUAACGGUGUAGUUGUGCACAUCCCCACUUUGAUGAAGGAGUUGGAAGCACUGAAGGAGUUCGAUCCGCAAGCCGUUGAACGAGUUUUCAUUUCGACGCGGGCUCACAUUCUGCUCGACAGCCAUCAGAUCAUUGAUGGAAUCCUAGAAGCUGAGCAAGGAUCGGAUUCGAUUGGAACCACGAAACGUGGCAUUGGUCCUUGCUACUCUUCGAAAGCCAUCCGCAAUGGUGUUCGCUUCGGAGACUUGUUGCACUUCGAGGAGUUCGAGCGCAAAGUUCGAGAUCUUACCGCCUGGUCCCAAAAGCGCUACAGCCAUCCUCGUGACAAGGACUCUCCAGCGCAGCUUCAGCUGCGCCAAGCUCUCCGGGAGUACAACACCCGGUAUGCGUUUGACCCGGAGCAUGGGCAGAAGGGUGGAGUCGGGAACAUUGACGAGGAGAUCGAAAGAUACCGGAAGUAUGCUGACAUGUUGCGAACGCAAAUCGUGGAUUCGGUCACGUUCAUGCACCAAGACAUAGUGCAGGGCUGCAAGGUCUUGGUAGAGGGUGCCAAUGCAGCCCUGCUCGAUAUCGACUUUGGUACUUACCCGUUCGUCACAUCAUCUAACACAACGGUUGGAAGCGUGUGCACAGGACUGGGGGUGCCGCCAAAAGUGGUAGAUACGGUCAUUGGAGUGGUUAAGGCCUACACCACUCGAGUUGGGCACGGACCUUUCCCGACAGAGUUACAGAACGAGAUGCAGUCUCUCGAGGACUACACUGAGACGUACAUUGGCCCAGAUGCCCGCUACGAGCGCAAGGGCCACACAGGUGGCCCCUUCGACCUGAAGUCUGGCAAGCCGGUUAAGGUUGGAAUGAUGCUACAGGAGGUGGGAGCAGAAUACGGCACUACCACCGGCCGAAGGCGGAGGUGUGGUUGGCUGGACCUGGCUUUGGUCAAGUAUUCGGCUAUGGUCAACGGCUUUGACAGCGUCAACAUUACCAAGCUUGAUGUUCUUACUGGCCUCAAGCAGAUUCGGGUUGCUAUCGCGUACAGGAACAGACGCAUGACUGAAGUCCGCCUGCCAUCCGGAUACUUUCCUUCGCACUUGGAUGACCUCAAGGAAGUCGUCUGUGAGUAUGAAACUCUCCAGGGCUGGUCAGAAGACAUUUCCAAGUGCACCAGAUGGGAAGAUCUGCCAGAGAACGCCAAAAAGUACGUGCUAAGGAUCCAAGAACUCUUGAGCAUUCCAGUUUCCUGGGUCGGUGUCGGCCCGGAUCGAUCCAGCAUGUUGAAGCUUCCAAUGAAGAAGCGUACGAUGCUGCCGGUGCUGCCGUGA